CCCCCAACUCUCUCUCUCAAAUGAAUUAAAAAAAUCUUUAAAAAAUAAUAAAUAAUAGCAUCACCUCAGAGGGUUUUUGUGAUGGUUAAAUGAGUCUUGGCACAGUGCUCAACACUUAGUCAGCACUUUAGAAUACCAAUUAUUGUUAUUGAGAUUACUAGUAUCUGCUUACUUUUAAUUUUUUUUCAUGCUGAUGGAGCCUGGAUUGGAUAUACUAAGAACGUUUUUUUUGUUUGUUUGUUUGUUUUAUAUUAGCCAUAGUAUCAAAAAUGUGAAUUCUGGUCCUGGCUCCACCACUUACCAGGCGUGUGGCCUUGGACAAGUCUCUUAAUGGAUUCCACCAACUAUAAAAUGGGAAAAGUAAUUUGUGUUCUACCCUAUCUACCCCCAUCUGUCCCCACCCCAUGCUCAUUCCAGAUGAGAUAACAAAGUUUUGUUUUGUUUCUUUCAUGUAAAGCGUUAUUCACAUAUAAAAUCUGAUGGUGGUGACGAUAAUGAUGAUGAUGACUUUGGGAUUCAGGGAAUCAUUAAGUGUAAAAUAAUACAGUAUUCAGGUCUGACUAGGCCAGAUUAUGGGGCACCACUUCUGACUGUCAAAUCACGGCCUUCAACUUCACGAUGGCACUCCUCUCAAUGAACAAGGAGAGAGAAAGGCAGACAGAAAGAAAGACAGAGAGACGGAAAUUAAUACUCAGACCCAAUUAGAUAUUCCUGAUCCAUUAUCAUUACUAUAUUAUAGUUAUUAUUAUGUUAUCAUUCUUGAUCUACAGGGCCCAUAAAAGUGUUGGGUUUUUUUUAAGAGGAAAUUAAAAAUCAAGUAUUUGACUAGCAGCCAAGUUGCCUGGCAUAAAAUACCACAUUCCUUCCUCUAAAAUAGCAAAUUACAAAUUAAAACAUAUUUAUUUUACAAAGAAGGGUAUGGAAUUAUAUAAACAGAAAGACCCCAUCAAUAUUUAAAUUACAGGGGAAAAGCUAGCAUAAAAUACUUAAGGUAUUAUUUCUCUGCACUUUGCAGAUUUCUACACUUAAGUAUUUGUUAACUUCAACCCAAAAAGUGAGUAAAAGCAUUCUAAAAUACAUGAUGCUCUUGGCAAUUGCAGUGAAGAGAGAAGGAGAUGAUAGUGUGCCCAUUUUCUGAGGAUUAUGAAAGAAUACCGCUUUUGAGAAUCACUGGAGAUUGUGAAGGAAGAACCAGUCCUGGACCGAUGAAGCUUCAUUAUUAGGUGGGGCAUCUUUCUGACUUUGUUUUAUAUCCCUGGGUUCAGCUCUGCUCAGAAAUUUAGUCCAAAGAUAAUAGAUCAUUGGUCUGCUCUCCUUUUACAAAGCUCAUUUUAAUUAAAAGUUUCUAAUAAAAGAAUUAUGUCUCUUGCUAAGCCUUGGUAAGCUUGGGAUAAAAUAUGCCAUAAAUAUUACAUGGCUGCACUGGUGCAAGGUCAUGUGCAAUGCAGGGCUUGAAAAAUACAAGUGCAUGACAUUCGCUUUACAGGUAAAGCCAACGUGUCGAAUUUUUAAAAUGCUGGAAAUUAAUACAGUAGUUUUAUUUUGCAUCUAUUGAACUUUAUUUUUAGAAUCACUUUUAGCAAGGAUACCUUAAAUACUUUUUAAAAAUUCUAAGUCCUCCUCCUCUGGCUUCCACAGGACUGAUUCUCAGUGGUGGGGUGAAGGCAUUACACAGCAAAAAAACUCAGCAAGCUACCUUAAAGCUGAAGCUAAAUCUUUCCCCCAUAAAAUAUGAAAUUUCUAGAUAUAGAAUUUGGAGACUGAUUAAGCUUAUAUUUGGAACAAUUUAAAGAUGUAAAAUGUUUUUAAUUUUUUUAAUACUUCAAUUAACUCUGCAUUAAAACUGACAGACACAGAAGGCAAUAUAAAAUGAGUAACAAUAUUUGGCAAGGGAAACAAACACCAUUUCGGGGUCUAAUGUUAGAAAAAGGACGCUAUGGUUCAAUGGGCUUGUUUUAAUUAAAGACAAUAGGGGCAUGUAUAUCCCAAUUUUCCUGACAGGAAACAAUCUUUUUCCCCUGAGGAUAUUUUUAUUUUGCUUUGGACAUCUGAAAUAAAAAAAAUCAAAAUCAAAGCUGCUUCUGAAGUUUGACAUCCCAAGGCUCAAGAAGAAAGAAUUAUUAUAGUUCUCAUUUUCCUUAUGUUCUCCCUCCAGGGUACUCAGUCCCUACCUUCCUACACCAACAAUGUCUUAAAUAAUUAGAAAAGGACAAUUUUUUAAACAAUUAUUCAUCAUGAGUUCAAGAAUCAGAUCCUAGGCAAAAUGAUCAAGUUCAAGACAUCGCAGUAGGUUGGAAGAAAGUACAGAUGAUCUUAUUAAUCUUAGAUAGAUUCAGCCUACCAUUCUGACGGUGGUAUCUUCCAUCCAGAGCAUCUUGCUUGCUGCUCCAUUCCCACAUCCCAUCCUCCUUGUAUUUUUGUCUUUCAAAAAGUAUUCUUUUAAGUGUAAGGAAAUACAGGAAGAAGGAAGAAAAUACUCAAUUCCUCAUUUUUCUAACCUUAUUUUUUGAUUCAGUGAAUAAACCCUAUGCAAAGGAUAUUUCUCCCAUUAUCAUUAGAUAAGACCUCAGGAUAGCUAUCUCUUAACUACAAAGUUAAUCUUUGCACUUUACCUACUGAAGGAACACAUAGCAUGCUCUGUAUUUCCCUAUGAAGUGAUUCAAAACACACGGUAGUUUAUGAUACAACAAUCUAGAGACAAUUUAAUUAAAAAUGUCUUACUUUAAAUCAGAUCUGUAAUUUCCCUAUUUAGGAUAAAUUAUAAAAGUAUCACAGUCAAACUCAAAAGUAUUGUAAAUUCAGAUAAAUCCUCAUGCUUUUUCCUCUCUUGUUAAUAUUUUCAGAAGAUUCUGUAGCCUUAGUGUCAUUAGGGUAAAAAAUGCAAAACUUUACAUUUCUUUCUAUGGCAAAUGUGAGUGUGGUAAAUGUUCUUUAAAAAUAUCAAAGAAGGAAAAAUUAAUAUUACAGCUUUCUUUAAAAAGUUUCUAUACUAAAUUCACUGAUAAGCAUAACCUUCAAAUCACCUUCAGAAAGAGUGAUUAAAGUAAAAAGUCUAAUAUAAAAUAAAACAUUUCAGUCAACGUGAAAUUGGACCAAUCAUUUUUUAAGCCAUGGGAACUUUUUUCCCUGAAUGAAGUGACUGAUAUAAUUCUCUGGGUUAUCCUGUUGUGACCAGACUGAACAAUACUUCAUGUGACACCAAAGUUGCAAUUAUAAGCUAUAGUCACUAACUGGAUUUAGCCUGAGUAAUUGGCCAGUAUUUUGUUUGUACGCAACGCUUUCCUCCUCCUGUAACCAGUUGGAACCUUAACAAUUUCUGAGCUAGUUUAAAUACAAGGCAAAACAGGCUAAUUGUGAAGUUAGACGUGUGUUUCCUUGUAAAUGUCUCUCUGCAGAGUCAUCUCAUUUUUAAAACCCUGAAGGAAACUAACAGCAGCAGCCUGCCUGUUAACCAUUUGCUCUCACUGCAGAAAGUCCUUCCAGCGCAAAUGCAACAUGAAACUCCCAAGGGCUUUUUAAAUUUUUUAAUAAAAGCAGAAAGUAAUAAGUAACGAAGGCAUAAUUACUGCAUAAUUAGCAUUUGGCCUUAUCUGAUGUCAUCUUUCCAACCUGGAGAUUGGCAGUACUUUACAGAAGGGCAGAAAAUUGUCUUUCUCUUUUCCUUUAUUUAUCUAUCAGAAACCAGAAAAUCUCCCCUUUUUUUCCAAUAUUCACAAGUCAAUCCCCUGAUUCCGUCAAUCUGCCUUUCCCAACAGCUCAAGACAUGGGCUCUCCUUGCCUGAAAGAUAACCUGUCACUCAGCAAAUUAGAACAUCCUUCCCCCACACAGCCUGCAAUGCUGCAGUUUCACCUUAAUGAGCUAAAAGUAACUCCCUAAAUUAACCCCUUCUAUUUUAAAAUACAAAUGGGCCAAGAGAUCUCAUGAAAAUAAAAAAAAAAUCUCUAGAAACUUACUGAUUGACAUCACCACGUCACUUUAAAAAAAAAAACAAAACCACAAGACCUAAAGAAAGUGUGCUGUGGAAGGAAAAUAUUUAAGUCUGGGGUGUCUACUUUUCCCAAGCAGUGGUUCUUCUCAGCCAUACCAAGUGUUUCUCAUGCACGCAUUUUUGCCCAUGGCCCCAGCAAACUCGGUCAUUAGUCUUACACUCUGUUCUUCGCUUUGUCUUUCAGGAUUCUGAACUUUUCUACCUUAAAUUACCCCAAAGUACUAUGUAAAAUAAAGGGGCAUUUUACCAGUUAACAGUGCACCAGACAUCAGGAAGUCUAUGUAGAGUCCUUAUUGAAUUAAACGUUAAAAGAUAUGGAAAAUCUGUAUCAAAUCAGUCAUUAAUAUCUAACUAGGAAAAUAUAUUUUAAAUGGAGGAAAAAAAAUAUCUGGUUUAAUUCAAGGUUGUGGUGAAUCUGUUUGGCAACUUUUAAAUUAAUUUUAAAUUAAUUCAGGUGCUUUUCGAUCACUGCAGUUACAUACAGGGUAUACUGAACAGAAUGAUGACAAAGCAAUUGUUUGUGUUCAAACUUCUCACACACUAUAUUCCCCUGGACUUUUCACCUAAGCAGUUUUCAAAUUCCCCUUUCCAAGGAAUAUUUGACCUUCAAAUUUCAUUCCCUGUAUCUCUUGAUUUCUUGCAUCUAUCAUAGGUCAGAAAACUCAACUUGGGCUACAAGUACAUUAUUUCUGUUACCUGACUAUAAUGAAUUUUAGUUGUUUUCAAAAUCUGCAAUCGGUUCAUUGUGCCAACUCUGCAUUGCAGAGAAAUCUUAGUGUUCGAUUCCAGCUUGGCUCCUGCAAACAGAGUCACUACAAACAGGCUUUAACUGUAUUUACUCGAGAAGAGGGGGAAGGAAACCCCCGCCAACCUGACAGGCUCAGCUGGGUAACAAGCCCCCAGGGCAGCGGAGUCUCCCGGCUCUCGCGCCUGGGCGCUGUCCUUGGUGCUGCCGGCGCCAUAGCGAGCACAAGCGCCUUACCUUCUGCCCCUGCGGAAGCUGCGGACGUCCCCCAAACGUUAAGCAGAAUGUAGCGCCACAUCCCACUUUUAAUACAAAUAACUACCCAGGCCCAUCCUCUUUGUCCCCUUCCCGAAGCCUUCAGGCCGACUGUUCUUCAAAGUCUUUUUGUUUUUUUCUUCUAGGCCCAACUCUGGGCUUGCGCUCAUCUCGGACUGCUUUAAAAGGAGGAGUGGGGGAAGGGGAGGUAGGCGAGGGGAAAUGAGGAUGGGGGAGGGGAGGAAAGUAGGGGGAGGGGAGGAAGGAGUAGAGGACUAGAAAAGGAUGGGAAGAAAAAGGCCUUGGAGUAAGGGGUUCAGAGAGAAGGGCGGAGUGAGUGGGACUAAAGAAGGCUAAAAUUGGGAAAGCGAAGAGAUGACCAAAUGAAGGGAAAGAGAUUCAGCACAGAAGAUGGGUAAAGGAAAAAAGUAAUGGAGAACGGGCAAAAGAAAAAAAAAAAAAAGCCGCAGGUAUAAGAAAAGAACAAGGUGGCCAGGGGCUCGGGAGAAAAGCUGCCCGAAAGGCAGAAGAGUGACUAGACAAAGAAAGGGCGUUGGGUGAAUACUCGCACCGAGAGUUUAAAAUGCAAUCCGAAGGCGAAGAGAAACGGAGAGAGGGGCCUUGAGGGGCGACAAGUGGUCUGGGACCACAGGAGAGUUGGGGGGAGGGGCAGGCACCCCGCAGCAAAGUCCUGGGUCCGAUGCGGCGUGGGCCCACGUGGAGCGAGCGCUGAAUCACUGCUAGGCUGUCUUUACCCCCCUCAUCUCCCCCGGCCCGGUGCCCGCAGUCCCCGCCUCCUCGGCCGCCGCCUCCACGGGGCGGGGCCCUGGCCCGGGACCAGCUGCCGCGGCUAUAAAUGGGCUGCGGCGAGACCAGCAGAACGCUGUGACAGCCACACACCCCGAGGCCUCCAAGAUGAGCUACACGUUGGACUCGCUGGGCAACCCGUCCGCCUACCGGCGGGUCACCGAGACCCGCUCGAGCUUCAGCCGCGUCAGUGGCUCCCCAUCCAGCGGCUUCCGCUCGCAGUCGUGGUCCCGCGGCUCGCCCAGCACCGUGUCCUCCUCCUACAAGCGCAGCGCGCUUGGCCCGCGCCUCACCUACAGCUCGGCCAUGCUCAGCUCUGCCGAGAGCAGCCUCGAUUUCAGCCAGUCCUCGUCGCUGCUCAACGGGGGCUCUGGGCCGGGCGGCGACUACAAGCUGUCCCGCUCCAACGAAAAGGAGCAGUUGCAGGGGCUGAACGACCGCUUCGCUGGAUACAUCGAGAAAGUGCACUACCUGGAGCAGCAGAACAAGGAGAUCGAGGCGGAGAUCCAGGCGCUGCGGCAGAAGCAGGCCUCGCACGCCCAGCUGGGCGACGCGUACGACCAGGAGAUCCGCGAGCUGCGCGCCACCCUCGAGCUGGUGAAUCACGAGAAGGCUCAGGUGCAGCUGGACUCGGAUCACCUGGAGGAAGACAUCCACCGGCUCAAGGAGCGGUUCGAGGAGGAGGCACGGCUGCGCGACGACACCGAGGCGGCCAUCCGCGCGCUGCGCAAAGACAUCGAGGAGGCGUCGCUGGUCAAGGUGGAGUUGGACAAGAAGGUGCAGUCGCUGCAGGAUGAGGUGGCCUUCCUGCGGAGCAAUCACGAGGAGGAGGUGGCCGACCUGUUGGCCCAGAUCCAGGCGUCGCACAUCACGGUGGAGCGCAAAGACUACCUGAAGACAGACAUCUCGUCGGCUCUGAAGGAGAUCCGCUCCCAGCUCGAAUGCCACUCCGACCAGAACAUGCACCAGGCGGAAGAGUGGUUUAAGUGCCGCUACGCCAAGCUCACGGAGGCAGCCGAGCAAAACAAGGAGGCCAUCCGAUCCGCCAAGGAAGAGAUCGCCGAGUACCGGCGCCAGCUGCAGUCCAAGAGCAUCGAGCUCGAGUCAGUGCGCGGUACCAAGGAGUCCCUGGAGCGGCAGCUCAGCGACAUCGAGGAGCGCCAUAACCACGACCUCAGCAGCUACCAGGACACCAUCCAACAGUUGGAAAAUGAGCUCCGGGGCACAAAGUGGGAAAUGGCUCGUCAUUUGCGAGAAUACCAGGACCUCCUCAACGUCAAGAUGGCUCUGGAUAUUGAGAUCGCUGCGUACAGAAAACUACUGGAGGGUGAAGAGACCAGAUUUAGCACAUUUGCAGGAAGCAUCACUGGGCCGCUGUAUACACACCGACAGCCCACAGUCACAAUAUCCAGUAAGAUUCAGAAAACCAAGGUAGAGGCUCCUAAGCUAAAGGUCCAACACAAAUUUGUUGAGGAGAUCAUAGAGGAAACCAAAGUGGAAGAUGAGAAAUCAGAAAUGGAAGAUGCCUUGACAGCCAUUACAGAGGAAUUGGCCGUGUCCAUGAAAGAAGAGAAGGAAGAAGAGGCAGAAGAGAAGGAAGAGGCAGGGGCUGAGGAAGAAGUCAUAGCUGCCAAAAAGUCUCCAGAGAAAGCGGCUGCGCCUGAACUUAAAGAGGAAGAAGAAGGAGAAAAGGAGGAAGAGGAAGGCCAAGAGGAAGAAGAGGAGGAAGAGGAGGGUGCUAAAUCAGACCAAGCUGAAGAAGGAGGAUCCGAGAAGGAAGGUUCUAGUGAAAAAGAGGAAGGUGAACAGGAAGAAGAAGGAGAGAUAGAGGCCGAAGGUGAAGGAGAAGCUGAAGCUAAGGAUGAAAAGAAAACUGAAGAGAAGCGUGAAGAGGUGGCUCCCAAGGAGGAGCCGGUGGCAGAAGCCAAGGCAGAAAAGCCAGAGAAGGCCAAGUCUCCAGUGCCCAAAUCCCCAGUGGAAGAGGUGAAACCAAAAGCAGAAGCUGGAGCUGAGAAAGCCGAGCAGAAAAAAGAAGAAGAGAAAGUGGAGGAAGAAAAGAAAGAAGAAGUAAAGGAAUCCCCCAAGGAAGAGAAGGUGGAGAAAAAGGAGGAGAAGCCGAAAGAAGUGCCGGAGAAGAAGAAGGCAGAGUCCCCAGUAAAAGAGGAAGUGGUGGAGGAGGUGAGCACUGUCACCAAAUCUGUAAAGGUGAUCUUGGAGAAAGAUGUCAAAGAGGAGAAGCCACAGCCUCAGGAGAAGGAGAAAGAGAAGGAGAAGGAGAAGGUGGAAGAGGAGGGGGGAAGUGAGGAGGAAGGUGGUGAUCAGGCUUCCAAGGAAUCCAGGAAGGAAGACAUAGCGGUAAAUGGGGAGGUGGAAGGAAAGGAGGAAGAGCAGGAAACUAAAGAGAAAGGCAGUGGGGGAGAAGAGGAGAAAGGGGUUGUCACCAAUGGGCUAGACUUGAGCCCAGCAGAUGAAAAGAAGGGGGGAGACAGAAGUGAGGAAAAAGUGGUGGUGACCAAAAAGAUAGAAAAAAUCACCAGUGAGGGGGGCGAUGGUGCUACCAAAUACAUCACCAAAUCUGUAACCGUCACUCAAAAGGUGGAAGAGCAUGAAGAGACCUUUGAGGAGAAGCUAGUGUCUACCAAAAAGGUAGAGAAGGUCACUUCACACGCCAUAGUAAAGGAAGUCACCCAGAGUGACUAAUAUUUGAGUCCAUUGCAAAAGGUUAAGCCAUAUGACAAUUUUAAUAUGCAUGUGAUUGACAGCUUCAAAACAGAACGGGUUCUCCCAUGGGGGCUCCAGACAUUGUAUUUACUUUGUGCAAUAUGAGGGAACUGCAUGCAAGCUCAGGGUGCUCCCUCCUCAGUCUUUGGGUGAUUCAAAUGCAUGAUAUUGUAUGUACCUGGGGAAUUGGCCAAUUUCCUAAGCUGUUGGAAAGGGGGCACUUGUGGGGAGGGAUGUCUUGAGAUGUAUUAUGCAAAGAAUCAACUGAGCCAAAAAUAAUAAAUGAAACACAGAACUCUCUUAGCCUUAAGAAAGCUAUAUAUGAAUAAUUAUGUUUACCUCACUGGUGCAUUGAAAAAGGACUUUUGUUCAUGGGAGAACCUCGUUGACAUGCACAGUUUGCAACCUUUCGUUGAUUGAUGUUAAAUGUCACAGCAGUACUUGCUCAAUAAAGGUCAUAUUG